AUGCUUACUGAUUUUGAACAGACUAUAUACUGGUGGUAUUUUCUAAUUCAUAUCCCCAUCAGUAUUUUUAUUGACACAAGUAUCAUCACUGAAGGUCGCACAUUACAUCCAAUCUUCAAGAAGGCCAUUAACUGGCAUACUGUGGAAAACAAUGAUUAUUUAGUUGGUGAAAGACCCAAAUGGCUUCAAUUUUUUGUCUGGACCGAGAUGUUUUACCAGCUUCCACUUUUCUUCAUCGCUGUGCUGUACGGCACAACAACCAUCCCUGAAACUUUUCUUAAACUAUAUGGAUUAUUAGCAGGAGGUUCAUCGUUGUGGUGCUUGAUAGAUAUAGUGUUCAAUGGCCAUUACUUCCUCCUAAACCCUAAAAAACACACCCCGCGUAGGGCGCUACCAAUCAUGGCAAAGUUGAAAUUGGCCCUUUUUUAUUUCCCGUAUUUUCUUUUACCUACUAGACUUUUAUUCCUAUAA